AUGCCCAGCUCGUGCAAAGAACUGCGCGAGGCCCUCGCGCAGUGCCUCCAGGAAUCAGACUGUGUCAUGGUCCAACGCAACAGCGCCGCCGACUGUCUCCGCGAGCCCCUCGUCGACACCCUCCCCCUCAAGUGCCGCCAGCUCAAGAAGGGCUUUGGCGAGUGCAAACGCGGCAUGGUCGACAUGCGCAAGCGGUUCCGCGGUAACAUGCCCGUCGCCUACCGCACCAUGGAGCAGGCCGAGGAGGGCAAAGGAUAUCAGCUGUACGCCGGACGUCCCGCCUUUGCGGGCGGCGUCAAGGAGACGGACGGCAACGAGCCUAUUCCCAAGGAUUGGCGGGAGAUUGAGAACGAAAAGUACAAGGCCGAGCAGGAGCAGCAACGGCAACAACAGCAGCAGCAGCAGCAGAAGAAGUAA